GAUUUCUCUCUGCAAAGCACCGACUCAAACUUGUGUGGCCAAAUUGAGCGGACAACCCACUUCAAUCUGCGACUAAAACGCGUCCGAACGGAGCAAAAAUGCUUGCUUCUUUCCAAUUCCCAGCUUUCCCUCGAGCAAAUGCAACUGCAACUACAAGACCAAGGAUAUCAGCGGUUCUUUGCUCUGCCUCUUGUUCUUCUCCUCCCACCAACAAAAGAUUCAAUUUUCCUUUACCUACAAGGAGAGCAGCUCUUCUACUUGCGUCUUCUCUCACCUCUUCUCUUCUCCAAUUCCUCCCUCAGUGUCAGUUCGCAAAAGCCGUAGAGACGGACGAGCCCCAAGAAGAAGACGAAAGAGUCGUACGGAUCUUUCAGGAGGCCUCUCCUGCUGUGGUUUACAUCAAAUAUUUGGAGGUACAAUCGAGAGCAGGGAAGAACAAGGAAAGCAAAUUUAUCAAUGACUCAGUUAAAGGAGAAGAUGAGGAGGAUUUAGGGGAUGCAAAAGUCGAGAGCACAGGCUCUGGUUUUGUUUGGGACAAGGCUGGGCAUAUAGUUACAAAUUACCAUGUUGUAGCUAAAUUGGCCACAGACACAUCCGGCCUUCAUCAUUGCAGGGUUUUUCUUGAAGGUUCAAAUGGGAGAACAUUUGUCAGGGAAGGAAGGCUAGUGGGAUUUGAUCCUGCUUAUGAUCUUGCUGUUCUGAAGGUUGAUAUUGAAAGAGACAAGCUAAGACCAGCACUAAUUGGUACUUCACAAGAUCUGCGAGUGGGCCAGAACUGUUUUGCCAUUGGGAAUCCUUAUGGAUAUGAGCACACUUUGACGACUGGGGUAGUAAGUGGACUACGAAGGGAGAUCCCUUCCCCAAAUGGAAGGGCAAUUCGUGGAGCCAUACAAACGGAUGCAGCUAUUAAUGCUGGGAUAUGGGCUGCUAAUACAGCAGGAUUUGAGCAGGAUAAGGGGAACUCUGGCGGCCCUUUGAUUGACUCCUAUGGUCAUGUUAUUGGAGUUAACACAGCAACAUUCACACGAAAGGGAUCUGGUGUAUCUUCUGGUGUGAACUUUGCCAUACCAAUUGAUGCUGUUGUGCGCAUUAUCCCUUCCCUGAUUGUGAAUGGAACUGACAUCAAAGAUAGGUUUUAAAUUUGUUUACGUUAUGAGUAUUUUCUUUUGUUUUUUCCUCAUUUCCUGAGCUUAGAAUUUAUGAAAGCUUUACAGCCUGAAUCAAAUGGAAUUAUUUUUUUUUCUUCUUAAAAAAAAUUAUUCCCAAAUUAAAUUAUCGGUGUAAAAUGUUUUAUUGUUCUUUUAUAUGGUCUUAGUAUUUGUGAGUCUUGCUUUUAUAAGUGCUAAAUAACAGCAUAGAUGUUGUCAUAUGGCUUUUAACUCAAGUACAUGAAUAAUCUCUCA